AUGAGUGGCAACUUUCCAGGCGUGUACAAGGAGCCAUUCGCGCGCGACUACGAGCGUCUGCAGCGCAAUAUUACUAAAGAGGCAUGUGAGCAACUGGACGAGAAGGGAUACGUGGUCAUCGACGACUGCUUCGGUCACGGCUGGGCGAGCGCGUUGCUCGAGGAGAUGCGCUGGCUCAAUGGCAACAACCAUUUCACGCCCAACAAGACGCAAUUCGCACUUACACAAAACGGCACGGAUGGCAAACCGCAAGCGUUCCACUUCAUCAAGCCUCAUAUUUUUGAAGUGGAUUUACACGAUGCUUCGCUGCGCACCAAAGUGCCUGAACUUGACGCACUUUACCACUCGACAGAGUUGCUGGAUGCAUUGACAAAAUAUUUGCCACAAUACGAUUUGCAAUUUAGCACUUCGGACCGGACACUCAAGUUGCAACGCAAUGCCGGACACGGUGGCUGUUUCCCUUGCCACUACGAUAACCCGGGGGCUCCAAACAAACGAAAGGUCACGUGUUUGCUCUACCUCAACGAAGGUUGGAAACAAGGUGACGGUGGCGAGGUGCAACUUUUCCCCUUCUUGCAACAACCUGUGACUGUUGCACCGAAAAUGGACCGCGUGGUGCUUUUCCAAAGCGAUUGGAUGUUGCAUCGAGUGUUGCCAUCUCGCGCUGAGCGUUAUGUCCUGACAAUUUGGCUGGAUGGUGCCACAGUGAACACACCGGAAGACUCGCAGUUAAAACUGACUCAGAGCGAUUUGGCCGAUUGGUUAGGCUUCUUGGAGCGAUUGCGCCGAUCUCCAGUGCAACGAUUACUGUCCAGAGGAGUGUACGAGGAGGAAUACUACGAGUCGUUGAUGGAAUGCAUGCAAAGCACGUCCACUGAAGGCUGCGUGGAGCUGCUCAAGUCGCAUGAAACACAUCUGGAGAACGUCAAGCGCAACAUUCCUCUGUACAAUUUCAUCAAGCGACUUCGAGAUGUUCGGGAAAUGAACAACGAAGAUCCCGUGUACUUAAGCUAA